AAGCUGUACACAAUACCGAAGUCAACGUUACACCCCGACCGUCAAUACCAAAUGGACCCUCCAACAGUGCCCAAUUCACGUCAAGAACGCAGAGAAGCCCGUGUUCGAGGCGCAAAUACACAUAAAGUCCAGGAUGUCGCGUUUACGAUUCAAACGGGCGCAGGUGGAGGCGCGCCGCCGGUGAGGACGCCGGGGAACAGGAGGACGGUAACACAAGCCCCAACGACAGGGAAGAAGAGUGGGAGUACGGUUAAACGCAACGCGACAAAUGCCGUACAACCCGCGUCAGCAAAACGCACACCAGCACCACAACUACCCGCGAGCGUACAACGACCUGCAGCCCCAUCCACCGCCAAACGGUCCGCAACAACAGCAGCCCUCCACCCGACGCGUACAAGCACGGCGAAGAAACUCUCUACCUUUGGACCUGCAUCUCGUGGAGUAGGCAGUGUGCGACGACCGACUGCGCCCGCGGUGAUACCACGGAACGGAGGUGCGGACACACCGAGUAAUCGACGCGCUGGGGGACGGAGGCGGAGGCAGCAGGAUCCGGAGGGUGUGGACUCUCCAAUCAAGAAAAGUCGGUUGGGUGAGGAGGUGGAGCAGGAGCAUGAGGAACAACAAGAGGGAGUGGAGGAGUCGGAGAAGGAGGUCAAUGGGGAUGGAGAGGAGGGGUCGGCGGAGAUGAGUUUGGUUACGGAGGAGAAUGUGGUGAUGCCGAUACAAACAGAGCAAGAGGUCGAUGAGGAAAUACCAGAAGUGGAAGCUGAAGUUGAGCCUGAGCAGGAGCAACCGGAGCAACCGGAGCAACCGGAGCAGGAGUCGGAAGAAAACGUUGACGAGGAGGAAGACAUGGCGUCAACACUGCCAACGCCGAAAGCAUUGAAGACAAACGGCGUUUCGCGGAGCAAGACCGAUCUACCGAGACGCGAUACGGCAAAUCUGAAUGGCGACAGACCAGUAUUGGCACCAGGACGGGCUCCAGCAGAUGCGACGCGCCCAGCGACAUCGCAAGAGAAUGGAACGACGCAACAAAAGCGCAAGGCAAAGGCAACGGACCCAACACCUUCUGCAACCCCCGCAAAGAAACAGAAGUCACGACCUACGCGACCAGAACCCACCACAACCCAACAAACCGACUCUACCCUCCCUUCUCAAUCACAAUCUCAACCUCCCCGCAAAAAAGCGCUCGAAUCCCGCUCCGUCCAAAUCACAACCCACAAAUUCUCCGCCUCCAACACCACCCGCGCCCCCACCAACGAGCUCGACAUCAUCCUCGCACUCCUCACCGAACAACUCGACCGUCUCCGGCAGCGCACCACAAUCGACGCCCGUACCCGCCUCAUCCUCGACGCAUUCACCGAAGAAGUAACGAUCCGUCUAUUACAAAUGACUGACGCGUUGGAUUCGUAUCAUAGUUUGGUCGUGGCGAAUCGGAGGGCGGGGAGGAGGAAGGGGGAGUUGAGGGCGGAGCUGUUGAGGGUGAGAAGGGAGAGGGCGGGGGUUAGGGAUAGGAUGACAGAAGUUCGUCGACAGCAUGCCGAAGCCGUAGAGAUAAACGAGGAGAUGGAAGGUGUUGGACGAUUCUUCGAGGAGGUGGUCAAGAUGAGGGAGGAGGAUGCGGGGGAGGUACGGGAAGCAGAGGAGAUGAAGGGGAUGGAGGGGUUGUUGAGGGUUGUGGGGCCGGUUGUUACGGGGGAGUAUGCGAUUGCGAAGCGUUUGAGUGUGUUUAAUGGGUUUUUGGAGAGGGUUGAGGAGGCUAUUCGGAAGGCGUAGGAUAGGAAGGCU